AUGGACCAAAUUGACGGCCAAGACCGCACCGCGCUCCACGUUGCUGUAAUCCGGGGCGAGGAGUCGAUCGUGCGGUGGGCGUUAGAAAAAGGGGCGAGCUUGGAGGCUAAAGACAAGGAACAGAAAACGGCCCUCGCGCUCGCAAUGCAGGCUUGGAUAAGAACUGGCAAUCUUGAAUUUUACGAAAUUGCAGUCAUUCUUCUCAAGGCGGGCGCUUCCAUCACCACGGGGGUGAGCGCUGGAACCUCGCAGUUACUUGAGGUAAUCGCUAGGGGAGACGAGAUUGAGUUUGACCGACUACUUGAUGAAGAAGAAGUCGACGUCAAUGGCUGUGACCUUCUCGGUUACACGGCCCUGCAUGAAGCUGCGUGUUUCGGCCGUGAAUCAAUGGCCAGAAAGCUCCUUAGCCACGAGCCAAAGCCGUUUAUCGACGCAGAAACCAUUCUCGUUGCAGAAACGGCGUUGCAUUUCGUCAUCGAGAGAGGCAUCCUUGACCGUCAGUUCAUCGAUCGUCGUUCCGCUCGUGGUGAAAUGGCCAACUUGAAGCUGACUGAGAUCCACGUUGGAAUCGUCGACCUCCUGCUCCGAAAUGGGGCCACUCCUGAUCUUUCGCGUUAUGACGGUCUGACUCCGCAGGCUCUGGCGGAAAGAAAGCUCAGAUCUCCUGGUCUCGACGCGGAGGAAGAGAGAAACCUGCGGCGAAUCUUGAAGAUACUGCAAGGUCCACCUCCAGUAAAACGCAGAAGUGCAAAGUGCACCUACAAACAACAGAGAUCUUCCGUAUGGGUCCCGGUCUCUCAAGGAUGCCUCGCCUCGUACCAGCAUUCUCUGAAAUACAGCCACUUCGCCCAGGUGUACUACCGAGAAGACGCGAGAUUCCAGUGGGAGGACAUUGUAGUACAACAGCUUCUUCGAGGCGGUCGCUGUCGGGCUGAACCAAAUCCGCGUCUCGACCUCUUCGACAAUACCAGCUUCGCCCUGGUCAUAUGA